ACAAAUUUGGCAAUGGCAAAGAAUGAGCUACAAUUUAUUUGGGCAAUUAUUGCAGGUUUCUUGAUUUUGAGCAUUGAAUCUGCUCCAAAAGAUGCUCUCAUUACACAAUUACCCGGUUUUAAUGGAACUUUCCCUUCAAACCACUAUGGAGGGUACGUGAGCUUCGAUGAGAAGAAUCUAUUUUACUAUUUCAUUGUAUCCGAAAGAAAUCAAUCGGAAGAUCCUGUGGUUUUAUGGCUGAAUGGAGGACCUGGUUGCUCUAGUUUUGAUGGAUUUGUGUAUGAACAUGGGCCAUUCGAUUAUGAAGAAGGCCAGCCUGAAGGAAGCUUGCCGACUUUACAUGUCAAUCCAUACAGUUGGUCCAAGGUUUCAAAUAUUUUAUAUUUAGAUUCUCCUUGUGGAGUUGGUAUGUCCUAUUCUAAUAAUCAAAGUAAUUAUAUAACUGAUGACUGGCAAACUGCUGCUGACACUCAUACAUUCCUUCUUAAGUGGUUUGAAUUGUAUCCGGAGUUCUUAAACAACCCAUUUUAUAUCUCGGGGGAGUCUUAUGCUGGAAUUUAUGUUCCGACUCUUGCUAUUAAAGUAGUCAAAGGAAUAAAGAGUGGAAUACAACCAAGAAUUAACCUCAAGGGUUACUUGGUAGGCAAUGGAGUGACGGAUUCUGAUUUUGAUAACACUUUAAAUUCCCUUGUUCCCUUUGCACAUGGAAUGGGACUCAUAUCUAAUGAUAUCUACAAGGACGUUGAAGCUGCUUGCUAUGGAAAUCACACUAAUCCUAAAGACAAUUGCCCUACAAGCAUCGACAAAGUUUUUGAGGCAAUUGAUGGUCUAAACAUAUAUGAUAUCCUGGAACCUUGCUACCAUGACCCGAGUGUGUAUCGAGAUGGGAAACGAAACACAACCAAAUUGCCUACGAGUUUUCAGCAACUCGGAGUAACUGAGAAACCUCGCAAGGUCCGAAAGCGAAUGUUUGGCCGAGCUUGGCCGCUUCGCGGGAAGCUUAGUCCCCGUACAUUGUGGCAUGAAGUUGCUGGACAAGGCAGUGUCAUGUGCUUUAAUGACAAAGUUGCAACCGCAUGGCUAAAUGAUGAAUCCGUGAGAAAAGCAAUUCAUGCUGAAUCGAAAUCGGUAGCCGGUUCAUGGGAGUUAUGCUCGAGUCGAAUCAGCUAUUCACGGUUCAGCUCUGGAAGUAUGAUACCUUACCAUCAAAACCUAACCACCCAAGGAUAUCGAGCACUUAUAUAUAGUGGAGAUCAUGAUAUGUGUGUGCCAUUUACUGGGAGUGAACUAUGGACUAGAUCACUUGGAUAUAAGAUUGUUGAUGAAUGGAGGAGUUGGUUAUCUAAUGAUCAAGUUGCUGGGUACUUGCAAGGAUAUGAUCAUAAUUUCACCUUCCUAACCAUAAAGGGCGCCGGCCAUACAGUUCCGGAGUAUAAGCCGAGAGAGGCGUUAGAUUUUUUCAGUCGAUGGUUGAAUGGAGAAGCAAUAUAAAUAAUCAACGAGGAAUCAGCCAUUCAAACCUCAAAUAAUUGAUCUUUAUUCAACAUGGCAACAUGUUCUUUUUUUCUUUCUAAAUAUAUCCAAUAUUUCCAAAAUAAGAGCUUCAAAUUGUAAAAGUGGGAGAGUGGUCCAAUUUAUGUAGUGAUAUGCCAAAAACAAAAGAAUUCUUUCAUAAAUACAUCGAAAUCCGUACAAUUGUAUUUGUGAUUGUUGCUAGCCAAUAUUACUAAAUAAUGAGUGAUAAUGAUUUAAGUUAAUACA